UUUAUUUCUUUAAAUAAUGAUUGGAAUUUUAUAAUAGAUUGUAUUUUUUAAUUUUUUAUAAUAUUAAUUUUUAUGAAAUAAAGAUUUUUUAAGAUUUUAAAAAGCUGAAAAUAAAUAAUAUUAUAAACUAAGAUGGGAGCAAAUUUAUCUUCUUUCCAUAUUUUUGGUGCUCCAUUAAGUAUUGAUUCAUACAUAUCAGAGCUUUCAGAUAUUCAAUAUAGAAAAAGUUUAUCUUCCGCUCGGUUUAUGAAAACUGUUCGUUGUCAGCAUCUGGAAGGGCCUGUUGUUGUAAAAUUGUUUGUAAAACCAUCAUCGUCGUAUACUCUGAAAAGUUAUAUUGAGCAAGUCGAAUCUGUUCGUGAGAAAUUAUUGAAUAUUCCUAAUGCUAUUCCAUAUAGGCGUGUUUUUGAAACAGAAAAAGCAGGAUAUCUUGUAAGAGAGUUUUUUUUUAGUAGUUUGUAUGAUAGAAUUAGCACUAGACCUUUUCUUCAAAUGAUAGAGAAAAAAUGGAUUGUAUUUCAACUUUUAUCUGGAUUAAGAGAUUGUCAUUCUAAAGGAGUUUAUCAUGGAGAUAUUAAAAUUGAAAAUGUUAUGGUAACUUCAUGGAAUUGGGUCUAUUUGGUUGAUUUUUCGUUUUUUAAGCCUAAUUUUUUGCCUGAAGAUAAUCCUGCUGAUUUUUCUUAUUUUUAUGAUAGUUCAUCAAGACGUGUCUGUUAUAUUGCACCUGAGCGCUUUCUUUGUUCAAGUGAGUUGCGUCAUGGUGAAUUGACUGAUAAAAUGGAUAUUUUUAGUCUUGGAUGUGUGAUUGCAGAACUUUUUCUUGAAGGAAUACCUUUAUUUACUCUUUCUCAGUUAUUAAAAUAUAAGCAAGGUAGAUAUAACCCAAUAUCUACACUCUUAAACAAAAUUGAGGACCUCGAGAUUAAAUCUCUUAUUUGUCAUAUGAUCAAUUUGGAUCCAGAAAAGCGAUUGUCUGCACAAGAAUAUCUUGAAAAAUGGAGAAACAGUGUUUUUCCUGAUUAUUUUUUUACAUUUCUUUAUCAGUACAUUAAUUCAAUUAUGCAACAUUCACAAAAAGAACAUGUUGAAUUCAAGAAAAAAAUGUUUUAUAUGGACGAUUAUAUUGAACGUAUUUAUCAUGAUCUCGAUAAAAUUGCGUAUUCUCUUGGCUUUGAAGAUUAUGAAAAUGUCAAAAAAGUCUCUUUUUCGAAGAAUUUGUAUGGAAAUUCUAUUACACAAUUUGAAGUUUAUGAACAUUCUAUUCCUUUAGCUAAACCUGUUUCAUCUGAUAAUGGUGUUUUGAUUUUUUUAUCUCUUAUUAUGUCGUCAAUAAGAAAUCUUCUUAAACCAAUAUCACGCAUAAUUGCUUGUCAUAUACUUUUGAUAUUUAGCUAUAGAAUAACAGAUGAAACUAAACAUGAUCUUUGCUUACCGUAUCUUGCUGUUCUUCUUAAUGAUGAUGUUCCGUCAGUUAGAAUGUCUUCUUUAUAUACAAUAACGAAAUUGCUUGCUUCUAUAAUUAUAAUAACACCUAUUAAUAUACAUGUAUUUUUGGAAUAUAUAUUACCAAUGUUGAAUCCUUUAGUUACUGAUCCUAAGUCAUGUGUUAGAAUACUGUAUGCAUCAUGUAUAUCUAGCAUUGUGAAUACAGCUCAGCGAUUUUUAAAUAUAGCUGAAGCAUUUCGCUUAGAUGGCAUUUUAGAAUUUGCUGGUAAUGAUAUAGAAAGAUUUAAUGGAAGUACUUCUAGUAUGGCAAUGACGUAUGAUAGUAGUUUAAAUGAUUUACAAGAUGCAUUUAAGCAACAUGUUAUGAUUUUGCUUACCGACACGAAUUCUGAUGUUAGACGUGCUUUAAUGGGCUCUAUUGCAUCUCUUUUGAAAUUUUUUUACAAACAAAACAUUGGUGAUGCAAUUUUGAGUCACUUAAUAACUUAUUUAAAUGAUAAAGACUGGAUGUUAAGAUAUUCUUUUUUUGAACAUAUUGCCAGUAUUGCUUUAUAUGUUGGGAGCCAGAGCUUAGAGGAAUAUAUAAUGCCUUUAAUAAUACAAGCUUUAAUUGAUAUAGAAGAAUUUGUAGUUGAAAAAGUUAUAUCAUCUCUUACUAGUAUUAUGGAAUUAGGUUUAUUUCAAAAACCUAGAAUAUGGGAUCUUCUUGUAACUUUAUUAAAAUAUACUCUUCAUCCAAAUGUCUGGAUUAGAACUGAAAGUAUAAAAUUCAUCGUUGCAAGUAUAAAGUGGUUGGAAAAGGUUGAUAUUCAUUGUAUAUUAUAUUCUUUAUUAAGACCGUUUUUGCGCUGCGAUAUUAUUAAUAUUACUGAAACAGCAUUGUUAGAAAAUCUACAUACUCAGAUUCCUAGAUUUGUAUUUGAUACUGCUAUUGCUUGGGCUGCGAGAAAUGAAAAAAGUUUAUUCUGGAAAUCUGCAAAAUCUAAGGAAUUGUUUGUUUCGACACAAUAUGUUGAUGAAAAUGAUAUUCAGAUUCUUUUUCCCUCAGCAAAGUGUGUUCCUUUAUCUGAAGAUGAGAUUGAAAAAACUAUGUAUUCUCAUGAAAGAAUGAAUAUAUCAAAAGAUGAUGAAGAAUGGAUAAUAAAGUUAAGAGAUCUUGGAAUGACUAUUUCUGAUGAAUGGAAAUUAAAUUUACUUAAAGAAUAUAUAUGGAAAGUAGCCCAUUUAUCUUCAAGCUAUCGACGACAUGAUAAUAGUUCUAUUGUUGAAACUCAGGAUGGUUUUGUUUCCCUUAAAACGUUGGAUAUUCAUCCUAAAAUUGUUUUUUCUGAUAAUUUAUCUUCAAAAUCAAAAAUUAAAAUUUCACAAUUAACAAAUACCCUUGCUUUUGAAGACAAAUCGGAGGAUUUUAAUAAGUUUACCGAUAAGCAAUCUGAAGAUGCUCUAACACCAUCAUUUUCUAAGAAUAAUUUAUCUGUUAUUUUUUCAAAUGAAGAACUAAUACCACAUGUUAUCUCAGACAAUUCAAAUAUUGAUUUGGUUACUACUAAUUCAAGCUUUCAUGAAGAAAGAAGUUUCAGUACUGAUGACAAACAAGUAGAGAUUGGUUUUUGCGAAAGUUCUUCUGAUACUAAAGAAGUUUCUAAUAAUUUAAUUAAUAUAAAACCUUUUUUGGAUUCAAGAAUUUCCGAAUCAGAGGAAAAUAGAAUUUUUUCAUCUAAAAAUGAUGAAUCAUGCUUAGAUAAUAAGCAGCAUAAUUCAAAUUUGAUAUAUACGAAAACCGUUUUAUUAAAUAAGACUGUUCCAGAAACUUCAACUAAUACAGAAAAUGUACUAGGAAUUCUAGAGAGCUUUUUAAAUAGAUAUUUAACAUCAAAUAUUGCAAAGGAUGCCUCAGAUGGUGAAAUUGAUUUAGACUUAUCUUUAUUUUCCAAGUCUGUUUAUUCUUCUGAUGAAAAUGACAAAGAUAUUUUUAAUUUUCUAAACAAAAUAUUUGUUGAUAAUUCCUCUGAAGAAAUAAAAGACUUUGAUUCUAUUGUUUCUUCACAAAAAAUAAAUAUUAAAAAAAAUUCUGGAAAGCUAUCUAUAAAUACUCUAUGGCGGCCUGUGGGAACUUUAAUUGCUCAUUUUUCUGAACAUUCUAAAGGAAUUAAUCGUGUAAUUGUUUCUGCUGAUAAUGUAUUUUUUGCUACUGGUUCGGAUGAUGGUACUGUAAAAAUAUGGGAUAUUAGUCGUCUUAAAAAAAACGUUACUAAUAGAUCUCGAUUAACUUAUCAGCAUUCAAUGUUUUCAAGAAUUAUAUCUCUUUGUUUUAUAUCUAAUACGCACUGUAUAGCUAGUGGAGCUAAUGAUGGGAGUCUCCAUAUUAUAAAGGUUGAAUGUAUAACUAAUAUUGGUCCAUUCCCGAAAUAUAGACGUAUUAAAAUUCUUCGAAAAUAUGAAAUAGGGAAAGAUGAAUAUGCUGUUUGGAUGGAACAUUUUGAAACAGAUCAUGAAUCUAUUUUAAUGAUAGCAACAAACAUGUCACGAGUAAUUGCAUUGGAUAUACGUACUAUGAAAGAGUUAUAUAAUUUAUUAAAUCCUCCUCAACAUGGGAUGCCUACGUGUUUUUGUAUAGAUCAACAGAAAACAUGGUUAUUACUUGCUGGUACACAUGGUAUUCUAGAUUUAUGGGACUUAAGAUUUCAAAUUAGAUUGAAAUCAUGGGGUUUGCAUGGUGCUUCUAAGAUUCAUCGACUUUUAUUACAUCCUACAAAAGGUCAUGGAAAAUGGGUAUGCAUAGCUGGAGGAAAUAGUCAGCAUGAAGUCACUGUUUGGGAUAUAGAAAAAGCACAGUGUCGCGAAAUAUAUAGGGUUGUAAAAGGAAAAGAUACUGGUAAAGGUUAUGAACUAUGGGAAAUUGAUAGCGAGAGUUCAGAAAAAAUCCUUAGAAAAUAUAUUGAAAAUAUUAAUAAUUUAAGUUUUGAUAAUAAAAUAUCAGGAGAUAAUAGAGGAGUAUGUGCAAUGAUAGUUGGUAUUUCUGGAAUGUCUCAUGGUAUUACGUCUAAUAUUAUAAAUCAUGGUUUUAUUAUUUUUUCUGGAACUGAUCAAAAAAUAAGAUUUUGGAAUCUUGAUUCUAAUGAAACAGAAAAAGGUUUUAUUAUAAGUGGAUUGGAACCAGGAGAAAAAAUGCCAAUUUAUACAACAACUAAUCUUACUUCAACUUUAGUUCUUAAUACUGAGCAACCUAUUUCUGUAUUUUCAGCCGACGAACCUGUUUCACUUAAAUCUUUUUCGAAGAUAUCUCGUUCUGCACUUAUUCAACAACAAAAUUGUUUUUUAAAGAAUCAUAUUGAUUUAAUUCAAGACAUUGCUUUUAUUGAUGAUCCUUACAAAAUGAUUAUUUCUGUUGAUCGUUCUGGUACUAUUAAUGUUUAUGGAUAAUUAUAUAAUUUCAUAUAGAGGAUAUGCAAAUUAUGG